AUGAGCAAAGGCGUGUGUGAAUACGCGUUUGCCGUGCUUGAAAACAAGCUCAAGGGCACUCCGUUGAAGCUGCUUACCAGCUACGAGCCCGACACUACCCUCACUUCGCAGCGGUACCCGCUUUUCGUCACUUGGAACCGUAACGGCAACCUUCGCGGGUGUAUUGGCACCUUCGCCGACAUGCCUCUCGAGCAAGGGGUCAAGCGGUUUGCAUUGUCGCUGGCAUUUCAAGACCUGCGUUUCCCGCCCAUCACCGCCUCUGAGUUACCCCAGUUAUCGGUGAGCGUUACCCUAUUAGCUAAUUUCACGCCCAUUGAUAAGUGGGACGAUUGGGAGGUGGGUGUUCAUGGUCUCAGAGUCGAAUUUGACUACCACCACCGCCCCCACUCCGGCACAUUUUUACCACUGGUAGCCGAGGAAGAAGGGUGGGACAAAAAGACGACUGUGUGGAACCUUCUUCGCAAAAGCGAUGUGUUCGAUGUCGCUAAAUCAGACACCGUUCGAUUUUAUGAGCAGGCUUUGGCCCACAAAACCAUGGAGUUGACGCGCUAUGAGGGCUUGAAACUGCUGAUGCAGUGGUCUGAAUAUGAGCAGACCCAUAAAUAG